AGAUAUAUUUUUUUAAGCAUCCAUAGAUUUAUCUGAUCAUAUUCUUAUUUCGACGGAUCUUCAGUAAGAAAUAAAUAAUAGUAGUAGAAAUUUAACGAAUUAACAACAAAAUUAUUCUUAGUUUUUAUGGUAUAAUCAUAAAUCUCUGCCAUAAAUCUCUCCAACUACCAGCAGGCCACUCAGUGGCUCUUAAAGUCUCUACUUUAUCUGUCUCUUUAAAAUCUCUUCAUUUCUUCGGACAACUUUUCUAUCUCUCCAAGUAAAUUGAUGAAGUAAUGAUGAUGAACCAAAUCUGUAUCAAUUUGUUCUUGUUUCUGGUACUAAUCAGUUCUGUUCAGAGCAGAUUCAUUACAUUACAUAGUUCAGAUCAUACUGAUCUGAUUUCAGAUGGAAUCACUGAUAAUGUUGAGAAAUCAACAACACCGUCGAUUCAACUUCCGAAUCGACAAUCCUAUUUAUCAGAAGGAAUUUGUGAAGAAACUUACGGAUUUUUACCGUGUACGACAACAGUGUUUGGAAAUCUAUUCUUGAUUAUUAUCUAUGGAGCACUUAUGUUUCUUGCUGCUAGAUUUUUGUCUACUGGUAGUGAACUUCUUCUAGAGAUCCUUGGUCCUGGCAUUGUUGGUGGUCUUUUUCUUCCUAUGCUUGGUGCUCUUCCGGAUGCUUUACUCAUUCUUGUAUCUGGAAUUUCUGGGACUAAAGAAGUUGCUCAAGAGCAGGUCCUAGUUGGAAUGGGUUUGCUAGCUGGGUCGACAGUCAUGCUUUUGACUCUACUAUGGGGAUCUUGUGUCGUUCUGGGAAAGUGUGAUAUCGAGGAUUCAACUGCAGUAGAUUUAAAAGAUACCAAGAGAUUAAGCUUAACAGGUUCUGGUGUAACUGUUGAUAUUUGGACUAAAUAUGCUUCAUGGAUAAUGAUCAUAUCUGUUGUUCCAUUUAUUAUUGUUCAACUACCACAGAUACUCCAUAUAAAUUCAGGAAGGCACUUAGUAGUUUUGAUUUCGCUGAUCGUUUCAGUUACAUUGUUGAUCUCUUAUUGUCUCUAUCAGGUGUUUCAACCUUGGAUUCAAAGGAGAAAGCUUGCAUAUGCUAAGCAUAAACAUGUAAUGUCAGGAAUUUUAAGACAUCUGGACCUUGAAAAUAAGCUCAUGACAGAUGAUUAUUCUCCAAAUAUAGAUAUUAUUAAAAAGUUAUUUAGAUCAUUGGAUUUAAACGAUGACGAAACUUUAUCAGUUCAAGAGUUACGAGCAUUAGUUAUUGGAAUUCGCUUUGAGGAAAUAGAAUUUGAUAAGGAGGAUGCUGUGCUAAAAGUGCUUUCAGAUUUUGAUACAUCUCGUGAUGGUUGUAUCGAUGAGGAAGAGUUUAUCAGAGGAAUCUCAAAAUGGCUUGAUGAGGCGAAGCGGCACAAAAUGAUCCAUAAAUUUUACCAGCACACAAAGAAAGAACAUGAUCAGUGGUUGGAUAAAAGUGAUGAGGUUGCAGAGGGUGUUGAGAAUCCCAACUGGAUUUCAGUUAAAGCUGGAUUACUGUUAUUGCUAGGAGCCACUAUUGCAGCUGCGUUUGCGGACCCACUUGUGGAUACUGUUAACAAUUUCUCCACUGCCACGAGUAUACCACCUUUUUUCAUCUCAUUCAUUGCUCUGCCUUUGGCCACUAAUUCCAGUGAAGCAGUGUCAGCACUUAUUUUUGCUAGCAGGAAGAAGAAAAGAACCGCUUCCUUGACAUUUUCUGAGAUUUAUGGAGCAGUCACUAUGAACAACAUCCUUUGCCUUUCUGUAUUCUUGGCUCUAGUUUAUGUGAGGGGACUGUCCUGGGACUUCUCAGCUGAAGUACUAGUCAUUCUUAUUGUGUGCGUUGUUAUGGGUCUCUUCACCAGCUUCCACACUACCUUUCCCCUUUGGACAUGUUCUGUCGCAUAUGUACUCUAUCCUUUCUCGCUCGUGCUGGUUUACCUUCUUGACUAUGUGUUUGGAUGGUCAUAGACUUUUGUGAGUCCAAAAGUAAGAUGAGAAGGUUAAGUGAGACUUAACUUGUUUGUGUAUUUUAAUUGUUGUCAACUUUUGGGUGAACAUUGUCUUGAUAUCGAACAAGACUUUAUCUAUCUUUAUGUGUUGUUAUGGGGUCUCUUCACCAGCUUCCACACUAACUCUCCCCUUUGGACAUGUAUGGUUGCAUAUGUACACUAUCCUUUCUCGCUCCCUUCUUGACUAUUGAUGGAUAGAGAAAAUAUUUCAGUAAACAUAUACCUGUACGCAGGGAGUGUCAGUUCUUA